GGUUGGCGAAAAGUGGAGAUGUGUGUUUUGUUUUCCUCACAGGACCAAGAUCAAUGCAUCUGCUGAUAAAUAAUGUCUUGCGUAUGUUAAUAUUGUCAACUUAUUAUCAGUCAUGCUAAACGGCGACUGUUCUGUGGAGACAUUUUACAUUUGUAGUUGCUUUUGCACUGACAACAUAUUUUUGGAAGACUACAAACUUCAUGUUCGAUAUGUGUCUGAAGACCAAUUUAGAUGGGACUAUAAGAACGUCCUGACAACCCUUGGUUGCACCACAGCUGCACAUUUCGAAUCUGUUCUUACUAAGGUCCACGCAGAAGUCGAAAGGCGUAAAAGCCUAGCUGUAAAAUCUGAAGAAAGAACAGCCUACAUAAAGAAUCAUUACAAACCUCUUCAUCCCCAUGUCUACCACUUACAGGAGGAUUAUCUGGCUCCAGAAUUUAUUGAAAUUGUGCAGUACUCACUAAGCAACGACGCAACCAUGGAUGGGUUAUUAAAACUGAUACAGUCAGAGACUGCACCAAGAGUCUAUAGGUUCCCAGUGUUCACCAUCAACUUUUGCCACGAUCUCAUUGAAGAGUUGGAGCAUUUUGAGGCGUCAGACACACCUAAAGGAAGACCCAACACCAUGAACAAUUAUGGGAUCCUCCUGAACGAACUGGGCUUUGACGACACCUUCAUAUCUCCUCUGCGAGAGCGUUACCUGGGUCCCGUGGCGUCCCUGCUGUAUCCUGACUGCGGUGGCCAGUGUCUGGACAGCCACAAGGCCUUUGUGGUGAAAUAUGCCAUGAACGAGGACCUGGACCUCACUUACCACUACGACAAUGCAGAGGUCACCCUCAACGUAUCGCUGGGGAAAGAGUUCUCAGAAGGAAAUUUAUAUUUUGGAGACAUGAGACAGGUGCCGCUGGGCGAGACGGAGUGUACGGAGGUGGAGCAUCGCGUGGCCGAGGGCCUUUUCCACAGGGGUCAGCAGAUGCACGGGGCCCUGCCCAUCUCCUCCGGCCUGCGCUGGAACCUCAUCGUCUGGAUGAGGAGCUCGCAACAGCGCAACCGCCUCUGCCCCAUGUGCAACAAGAAGCCCAUGCUGGUGGAGGGUGGCGGCGGCUUUGCUGACGGGUUCACCAAAGGGGAUGGGUCGCUGGGGGACAGGCCCUGGUGUGUCUUACACUAAGGGGAACCUCAGAGCCUGCUUGUUUGUUUGUUUGUUUGUGAGGCUUUCUUGCUUUGGCAUGCCUGGGAUCUAAAACAAGGCCCGGGCAUUUUUGCACGCCCCCUCUGAAUUUGGGGCUAGUCUAUAAGAAAAUACAAAAAGCAUCGGCUCCUGAGGCCCAUCAGCCCACUGGGAAAUGCCUUAUAUGCCAGAUUACCUGUCCAGGCCUGCUAAGUAAGGAUUGUAUAGAAUCUUUUGCCUUUGGUCAGUUUGUCUACAAACAGUGAAUAUUGAUACAGCAGCACAUUUUAUGAAUGUUUUAUAAAGCUUAUCAUGGUGUAGUAAUUAUUCCUUUUGUAAUGUUGUGAUUGGCUGUUUAUGAUUGAGUCUUGUAAAUGUACAUGAAUACAUGUUAUUGCACAUGUAAAGGUUACAUGUGCAAUGUGUGAGCUUUGCACAUGCACAUGUGUAUUUAAGAUGAGAGUCCAUGCUGUCAAUAAUAAAUCUAUAUAUAUUUGAUUUAAAUAAAAUAUAUUGUUAUGACCUCA